AUGACUCGUGGACCGACAAUAGUGCGAGUUGCACCCAGCGGGGGUGGUGGCAAAGGCAUUAAGUGUUGUUGCUGUCGAUGCUGUGAAUGUUUCAACUUGGGAUACCUGACCUCACAUCAUGGACUUAUUAAGUUAGCUGAAGCCAUGUUAGGCGGCUUGUGCCAGAGCCUUCUGGUGAAGUAUGGGAUGUCGGAAGCAAGUAGCAUGGGGUCGGCAUUUCACAGCUUUCUCACAACAGCCUCUGCCUGUCUGCUCACCACUGCUCUCCUCAUCACCUGCUACGUACUGUCUUCGAACACGCAACAACUCAUACGUCAAUCAAUUUUUGAGUGCAUGUUCAAUGCUGUGGCCUGUUUCUUGUAUCUGUCGGCGUCAUCAUACAUGGGCGUCGCAGUGAACUUCUAUCUGUACCAGAGAUAUCUCUCUAUCAGCAUGUACGCUGCUUAUCCAGCUAUGACUGCCGUCUAUUAUAUUGGAAUAGUGGUUGGCAUUCUUCACGGAGUGGAUGGUUAUUUAGCUUACAAAUACUAUAAAGGAUAUCGGUAA